UCAGUGUCACCGGCCCAGCCUGGUGAGAUUAGCCGCUGCGGGCCACAGCUCUCCCGGCGCUGGGUGAGGAGGCGGCUGGCAUCCCUCGGGCCGGGCCAUGGAAGAGCAGGACGGCGCCUGCGGCUCCACUUGGGGGCCCCCACAGGGCAAGAGCCGCCCGGACUCACCUUGGUCAUGGAUUCCAAUCAUGCGAGACCCUGGAUGGAUUCGAAACGUGUGGUCGUCCAACAUUAACGCUCAAACCAUGAACUACGUCGGGCAGCUGGCGGGCCAGGUGUUUGUCACCGUGAAGGAGCUCUACAAGGGGCUGAAUCCCGCCACCCUGUCCGGCUGCAUUGACAUCAUCGUGGUGCGGCAGCCCAACGGGAGCCUGCAGUGCUCCCCCUUCCACGUCCGCUUCGGGAAGAUGGGGGUCCUGCGCUCCCGAGAGAAGGUGGUGGACAUAGAGAUCAACGGAGAGUCAGUGGAUCUGCACAUGAAACUGGGAGACAAUGGAGAAGCGUUUUUUGUUCAAGAGACUGAUAACGAUCAGGAGGUGAUCCCCACGCACCUGGCCACCUCCCCAAUCCUGUCGGAAGGCGCCUCGCGGAUGGAGUCCCAGCUGAAAAGGAACUCCCUGGAUCGGCUACGGAGCCUGGACCCCAGCACGUCAGCCCAGGUCCUGCCCCCCGGCGAGAGCCCUUCCAGUGGCUCUUUGGUGAAGAAGAGACGGAAGAGGAGGAGGAAGUCCCAGCUGGACAGCCUGAAAAGGGACGACAACACGAACACGUCGGAGGACGAGGACAUGUUUCCCAUAGAGAUGAGCUCGGACGAGGAGGCUGAGCCCCUGGACAGCAGUAGAACUCUUUCUAGUGAGAUCCCUCCAUUCCAGGAAGAUGUCCCUAAAGAAAACCUGUCCCCAGUCGUGACUUAUCCCCAGUCGGCCUCGUACCCUAAUUCCGACAGAGAGUGGUCACCCAGCGCCAGUAACCUGCUAGACGGCAGGAGGGCCCCCCCUCAUCUCGCGGUCGUGGCCGAGGGGGGUCUUUCUAGCUCUUGCCCGCCGCAGUCCUCCCACUUCCACGCUUCGGAAAGUCCUUCAGUUUCCCGGCCUUCCACACCUAAAAGUGAUUCAGAAUUGGUCAGUAAGUCCGCGGACAGGACAAUGCAGAAGAACAACCUUGAAAUGCUGUGGCUCUGGGGGGAGCUGCCGCAAGCCACAAAGUCAUCUCCACUCAAGCUGAAAGACUCCAGCCCGUUGAACAGCAGGAAAAUCUAUGAUAAAAUGCACUUUCAAGCCAUUCACAGUGAAUCUUCGGACGCGUUCAGCGACCAGUCACCGACGGGGGCGCGGGAGUCCCCGGUGCCGCCGCUCUUGGAGCAGAGCAAGCCCCAGGCCGAGAUGCCGUUUGCGAACGAAGAAGACGUUGAGGCCUUAGGGGCUGCGGCCCCGCCUCUACCCACCAUCGAAGAGCCCAAGCCCCUCUCUGCCAGCACCGCCCCGUCUGUGAGCAAGACAGACUCGCCUUCGAGGAAAAAGGACAAACGAAGCAGACACCUCGGGGCCGACGGCGUCUACUUGGAUGACCUCACAGACAUGGACCCCGAAGUCGCCGCCCUGUAUUUCCCCAAAAACGGAGAUCCGUCUGGGCUCACAAAACAGUCCAGCGACAACGGCGCCCGCUCGGCCAACCAGUCCCCGCAGUCCGCGGGCAGCUCUGGCAUCGACAGCGGCGUGGAGAGCACCUCCGACGGCCUGAGGGACCUGCCGUCCAUCGCCAUCUCCCUGUGCGGGGGCCUCAGCGACAACAGGGAAAUCACCAAAGAUGUGUUUUUGGAACAAGCCGUGUCGUAUCAACAGUUUGUGGACAACCCUGCCCUCAUUGACGACCCCAAUCUCGUGGUGAAGAUCGGGAAUAAAUACUAUAACUGGACAACAGCCGCACCUCUGCUCCUGGCGAUGCAGGCCUUCCAGAAACCUUUGCCAAAGGCCACGGUGGAAUCUAUCAUGAGGGAUAAGAUGCCCAGAAAGGGAGGAAGAUGGUGGUUUUCGUGGAGGGGAAGAAACACCACGAUCAAAGAGGAAAGCAAGCCAGAGCAGUGCUUGGCAGGAAAGAGCCACAGUACUGGGGAGCAGCCGUCACAACUUGGCAUGGCCACCAGAAUGAAGCAUGAAUCAUCCUCCAGUGAUGAGGAGCACGCAGCUGCCAAGCCAUCCGGCACAAGCCACCUCCCCCUGUUGUCCAGCGUCAGCUACAGGAAGACCCUGCGGCUCACGUCGGAGCAGCUGAAAAGCCUCAAGUUGAAGAACGGCCCCAACGACGUGGUAUUCAGUGUCACCACGCAGUAUCAGGGGACAUGUCGCUGCGAGGGCACCAUCUACCUGUGGAACUGGGACGAUAAGGUGAUCAUCUCCGACAUUGAUGGAACCAUCACGAGGUCGGACACUCUUGGCCACAUUUUGCCCACCCUUGGGAAGGACUGGACCCACCAGGGCAUAGCCAAGCUGUACCAUAAAGUGAGCCAAAACGGGUAUAAGUUCCUCUACUGCUCGGCUCGUGCCAUCGGGAUGGCGGACAUGACGCGGGGCUACCUGCACUGGGUCAACGAGCGUGGCACGGUGCUGCCCCAGGGCCCGCUGCUCCUGAGCCCCAGCAGCCUCUUCUCCGCCCUGCACAGAGAAGUGAUUGAAAAGAAGCCAGAGAAGUUUAAAGUCCAGUGUUUGACAGACAUCAAAAACCUGUUUUUCCCAAACACAGAACCUUUUUAUGCUGCUUUUGGAAAUCGACCCGCUGAUGUGUACUCGUACAAGCAAGUGGGAGUGUCCCUGAACAGAAUAUUCACUGUCAACCCCAAAGGGGAGCUGGUGCAGGAACACGCCAAGACCAACAUCUCCUCGUACGUGAGGCUCUGCGAGGUGGUCGACCACGUUUUCCCAUUGCUGAAAAGAAGCCACUCUUCCGACUUCCCCUGCUCAGACACGUUCAGUAACUUCACCUUUUGGAGGGAGCCACCGCCGCCUUUUGAAAACCAGGACGUUCAUUCUGCAUCGGCGUAGACUGUUCCAGGCAGCCUCCUGACAUCCUGCGAAGACCUGGCACCCCCAUUAAAGGAGAGGUUUGGGGACGUGCAGUCAUGUGCUUAAGAGCAGAGAGCAUCCAGGAGCCUGUCUCUCCCCGUCCCCCUCGCUGGGGGGGACAUUUCCAAGUGACCCGUGAAGGGUGUACUUCCUAGGUCCUAGGGGAGUUGGGGGCCUCCCUGGUGUGGAGGCUGCGCCUCGUGUGGCCCAAGCCCGUCACCGCGCUGCCCUCCCCGGCCCCGCUCCAGUCCUGGAGCCGCUAUAAUGUGUGCAGGGUGGGCCGGGAAACCUGGGGUCCCCAGGAUGACGGGUCCUGGGAGGGGCGCCAGGCCCCCACGACUUCCAGGAGAGUCAGGGGCAUGUUUCCACAUGGCGCGUGGUGCCACUUCUGCUGCGCCUGGCGGGAGGCGGUGCAGGGCCUGGUGAUCUGAAUCCGAGGUCUCGGAAGGGACUCCAAGCCUCCCGGUGCUCGGCCUUGACCGCGUGGCUGUCCCCCGGCAGGAUUUGCUCCCUGCCUCCCCCCCCCAGUCUCAUUUAGGAGAUAAGUUCUUAAAUUCCUUUGGUUAAAGAUCACCUCUGUAGCUGGCGUAUUUCCCCCCAUUUUUGUGGCGCAAGGCUGGAAUGUUUAUGCCUUAUGCAUCUGCGGCAGGCAUUUGAUUUCGAAUGUGCUUUGCCCGGCUCCCUGCCACUUUGCAAUGCCUUAAAUUCAGAUGAGAGGAGAUAUUCCUAAGGCAGUAUUUUGAAUCACUUCCUUACUCUGCCAGCAACCUGCCUAGCAAGGCGGUGCUGAAAAUGUGGGCUCCAACAGAGUUUAUGCCCAACGGUGAUGACGGCAAUGUCCGUUGGGGGCUCUCAGUGGAGACUGGUCGGUUUUAAGAAAAUAGUUUGAAGAAGUUAAAUUAUAUUCUUUGUAGAUCGUAUUAUUUAUUCCUUUACGCUGGGUUGCUGUUAUAAGCAUUUUAGCCAUAUUCGUUCUAUUAUAACUGUCAUUAAUGCAUUAAAAAGAUCCCUAUUAGACCAUCCAAAGAGCCUUAUUCUGUACUUCUCACAACACUGACCCUCUUUGGGGUUUUGUGAGUAAUGCUUUUUCUUUCCCUUAGCCCCGCACCCCCGCCCCCCCCCCAGGUUCAGGGCAAGUGGGGAAGUAGCCAUUUGAGUGACAUUCUUUGACCUGGUAGAAGAUGAUUCUUUUCCUUGUUUAUUAAAUUGGCUGCUGGAGAGAAUCAUGUGAAAAGCGAAAACAUUAUUUUGGUAAAAAAAAAAAAAAGUGCUGCUUGACUGUACGAAGUGUUUUUUUGUUUUUGUUUUUGUUUUUGUUUUUUUUUAAGUGUUUUGCUCCAGUGACCGAAAUGCCCUCCUACUUAAAUCUCAUGGCUAGAGUCGGAGGGCGCAGGCAGUGGGAUGGUUGAUGGCAGCUUUACUCUUUCUGUGAAAGAAAAUCCAGAGGCGGCAUUGCCUUCUUUGUUGUCAGGGGGCUCUGCUGCCUGUGGGCGCCUUCACCGAGCGGUCUGUGGGGUCACACAGAUAAGAGCAAACAUCCCUGUGCAGCUGAGUGUAGGCCUGCAUUCAAGCACGAACUGCAUGUACAGAUGCCCUUUGGGAGGCAUUAAAAAUUUUUAAUUUUUAUAAUUUAAAAUAGGGAGUUCCCUGGUGGCCCAGUGGGUUAAGAACCUGGCAUCACCACAGUGACUUGGGUUGCUGCUGGAGUGCCGGUUUGAUCCCAGACACGGGAGCUUCUGCAGGCCAAGGGUGUGGCUAAAGGAAAAAAAGGAAUUUAAAUAGUCCUGCUUUAGCUUGGGCUUGCUUAUUAGUUUUAGAGGCUACAUUCAUUCUGUCACAAGGGUAUCUUAGGGUGAAUUUUAAGUAUUGCGAACUACGUGGAAGCAAGCUCACGAGCCUGCACAGACCAGCCCGAUUUCUCCCUCGCCCUGGGAGGAACUUGGCUGAUGGACUAGACCUCGUGUCCCUUGUGGGGGUUGCCCUGCAGCAGGACAACCAGCUGUCGUCCUCUCUCCUGAGAGUAUGCAACUUUGAACCCCAAAUUUCGAUGUCCCCUAAGCUCUCUCCUCGGCGCCCCCUGAAACGGCACACCAUCCGGAAAGCAGCACUCUCAGAUCUGUGGCGGGUUCAGAGCGUGAGCCCUGGAGAGGCUGUACCAUUCACACCUGCCCAUGGCUUCGGGAAAGACUGGUGCAUGGGCAGUCCUCAGGCCUCUGCGUGUUGGUUUAGCUGUGGUCACACAUCCCUAACUCAGUGACAGCCAUGGGCCAGGAUGCUCUGUUUGGACCACACGUAUCAAAGUCGCCCUCUGGAUGAUUGAAUCACGAAGUGACAAGUCAUCGAAUGUUCGUCACAUGUGGUGAAGAAAAAUAGAACACCUGGCUCCGUGGAGAAAAUAAUUCCACCCUCAAAGAGAAUUCCCUUUUCCAUUUUAGGUUUGGAUCGCUGCUUGAAACGUAUUUUAUUUCCAACCCUUGGUCUGUAUUUGUAUAUGCCGGGACAAUGAGAAAAAUCACUGUAAUACUUCCUUGUGCUGGGCUGGAUGCAAAGCUAGAAAAUACUGUAAUAAAUGAGACCAAUGAAAGACCUCCCUGAACCUCAGCCGUGUGCAUUUUAAAUAGUUGUUGGUAAGUUGCUGAUUUCCUACUCUGUGAUCUCAAGCAUAUUAUUUUCUACUCAGAAAACAAAAAUGAAAGCAAAAACCCUUAAGGCUAUGAUCUGUUCAGUAUUUGGAAUAAAAGAGCCAGUCUUUUCUGA